AUGACCCGCGGAAAUCAACGUGAAUUGGCCCGUGCCAAAAACUUGAAGAAGGAAGCCAAAUCAAAAGGCGGCAAUGGCAAGUCUGGCUCUGAGCUGGCGAAGCAGGGCUUGAGCGAUGCCGAAAAGAUGCGACGGAAGCAACUCGAGGGUGCGAAUAACCAAAUCUACUCAAUACCCGCGACGAAUCAGUCAACUGACGAGAGCAACAGCCGAUGA